AUGCCACUGGGUUUCGUUAUUACAAUCGAAAUGACGAUGGAAAAUGCCAUUUUAAAAAGACAAGAUUUUCUAAAAACGCUAUCCGGAAAUGCUAUUAAUAUUCAUGUUGGCUUUAUAAGCUCCCGUUCAUUUUUGUCCAAUAAACUGGAUUCAGAAACGGAUUUACGGGAAAUCCCUAAAGACUCUAUCUACAUCAUUACAAGAGGUUAUAUUAAACCACGAAAGCAUAUUUUAUUGAGAAUAACCAUGAAAAGUCUAACCGGAAGCAAACAAGUCGUGGAGAUAUUAAGCAGGCAAGGUUACUGCAUCACCUAUCCAAGUAUACUGGAAUUGGAGACGUCUGCUGCAUACUCUUGUGCUUCUAAUAAUCAGUUAUGUCCUUCCGGUAUUCUACGAACUUCUCUAUUAUCAUCUGGAGUAGCGUGGGAUAAUUACGACAGAUUUGUGGAGACAAGCUCUGAGUCAGACGUCACUAACGAUCAAAGUGAAGAAGAGGGAGAUGAAGAUGAGACUGAUGCUGUUGAUGAAGAUGAUGAAGAUUUUUCCGAUGAAUCUGAUGAAGAUUAA